GAGGAUAUCGUGGACGACAACAUUUACUGCACAUGUAAGAGGCCCUACGAUCCAGACCAGGCGAUGCUCGCUUGCGACAACUGCAACGAAUGGUACCAUACCCGUUGCAUGGGCAUUAAAGAUGAGUGGAUCAACAUCGUCGAUCAGUUCAUCUGCAGUGUCUGCCAUCCUCGCACU